GUAAUUAACUUCCUGUGCAGGCCGCCGGCACCAUAUAUCUUAUUUAGCCAACAGUUUCCAACGGAAUGUUUGUUCUCCAUCUCUCUCUCUCUCUCUCUCUCUCUCUCUCUCUACAUUAUGAUAUCCGGUAAACAUACGUUCAAGUCGAUCUCCGUCACGGAAUCACCACCGUCCCCCAACCACAAUGUCUCCCAUGACGUCAAACCAAGAUCAUCUUUUAGAAACACCAGGUUGCUUCGUGGAGUUUGGCCUUCUUCCUCUCCUAACUUAUCGAAACCAGACAAUCAACCCACGCUAGCGGAUUACCUUGGAAGCGAUCAUAGAAAGGGUUCAUCGUUUCUUAGGAAGCAAACCAGUUGUUCAGAAUUUGAACGGUUUGAGCGUAAGGAAAACAAGUUGAAGGAGAAUCGGAAGCCGGUUACUGGAGGUGGGUCGAUGAGGUACACCGGAAAAUCAUCCACUUCUUUUUCCUCGUCCGGUGAUGGAACCAUGGAGGAGUUAGCUAUAAUGCCUGGAAGAUUGUCGGUGGACGAAAAGGAACUUCGCCGGAGAACAUACUCCCGAAUGAAAUCGGGUUCCUUCUCUGACGACUCUGAGUGCAGUGAUAUGGGCUCUCCGUUCAUCACAGACAGAAACUCUCUGGCAUCAUACAUGGCCUCAACAAUAAGCUCAAGAAAAUCUAUAUCCAGUUCACCAACAAAAUCCACCAUCAUCAAGAACGCGAUGAAGAAAGCGAAUGCAUUAUCAUUGUCAUCGAAAUGGGGUUCAUCACCGGGCCGACCUGAAUCGCCCAACUCUCCACUUUCGAGCUUUAAGCCUCCAACAAGUCCAUCUAGAACGGCUAAACGGAAUAUUCUGCAUAUGGGUCUUGAUUUGAUCAAGAUGAAGAAAAACGGGUCGGGUUGUUUGUCACCUCUUGGGGCGGGUGUGAUUAUGGUGGAGAACGUUCAUCAGUUCAGAAUGAUGCAUGGAAGUUGGAUGCAGUGGAGAUAUGCCAAUGCUAGAGCAAAUGUUAUUAAUGAAACAUUAGAUAACAAAGCUAAGAAUGAUUCAUUUCAUGCAUGGAAAAGUGUCGCGAAGUUGCAACAAUCUGUGUUACAAAAGAGAUUACAGAUGGAGAAAGAGAAGAUGGAAAUUAAGCUCAACUCGAUAUUUCAUUCUCAAAUGAAAAUGUUGGAAGCUUGGAGAGGCAUGGAAAGAACACAUACAUCGGAUGUUUCCACGACCAAAGAUUGUUUAGAAGCCAUUGCUUGCAGGGUCCCCCUUAUUGAAGGAGCUAAGGUCUAA